UAUAAUAAGACGGUGUGAAGGAGGUUGCAUGACACAUACCCGUUAUAAGUGGUGGUUGAGCUCGGAAGACGCAUCCAUUUCAGUCACGGGGGUGUUCUUGCGUACAGCGCGUCUCAGAGCAGCACAUCUGAGCCAUGACCGAGCGGGAUAUCACCGCUUUCACACUCCUACCGACCACCUCCGAGCAGAAAGAUCCCAAACAUAACUCUCUGCAAAAACUUUACUGCAGGAAUGGAGGAUACCAUCUCCGGAUCCAACCUAACGGGACUGUGGACGCGAGUCGACAAGAGAACGACGUUUACACUCUUUUAAAGGUGAAAGCAGUGAAAGCAGGAUUAGUGGCCAUUAGGGGUCAUGAGACUGGACUAUACCUGGCAAUGGACAAAUAUGGAAAACUUUAUGGCACUGUCAUGCUGAACGAUGAGUGUUACUUCAUUGAGAAGAUAGAGGAGAACCACUACAACACAUACCGCUCACAGAGGUAUCAGGAGAACGGAGACUGGUACGUGGGGAUCAGAAAGAACGGAUGGGCGAAAAACGGCUCCAAAACACACAAGGGCCAAAAUGCAAUCUACUUCCUGCCAAUUCCAGUGGAUGGCAGCAUACAGUAACUUGUGCGCUGAUCAGAGGUCCUCAAAACAACCCAAACUCUGCAAACAACUGUAAAUGAGACAAUGCUUAAUUAGACGUUAUUUUUAUGUCUAUAUAUAUACCGUAUUUGUCUUUUGUUAGUAAAUGUGAAUGUAAACAAAGAUUUUUUUAAAGAUUGCUAUUGUAUAGUUUUGAACAAAUACAAGUAUUUUGAUAUAGAAAAAAAAAAGUCUGAUCCUUUUCCAAUGUAAAUAUACUGCAUAUAAAGGCUACUGUAUAACUACACAUAUACUGUAUAUUUAGGCUGUAUAUAAGGACUGAAACAUAUCUCAAACAGCCUAGCUUCACUGUGAAAAUACUGUGAAAAGUACUUUCGGUAGUGCAAAAAUAAAUCAUUUUAACCGUUUGACAUCAAAUAAAAGGCAAUAAAACUGAUGGUGCUGUUGAAAACACAUUAGAAACAAAUGGGUUUAUUGUUUAUAAUUAUUGUGAACUCCAAAAUAUAUCCUCAGUAGCCGUCACAUAUUUCAAAUUCUUAAAAUACAUAAUCAAAACAUAUUUUUUCAAUAUGCAAUGUGUAUUUUUUUAUUUUAUUUUAUUUUUUACCUCAGACCUGCGAUGACGCCUUUUGAAGUUAUUAUAAUAACAGCGCAGUUUUUGGAAUUUUGCUAAAUAUUUCUGCUUUGUGCAUCCCACCUUACUGUGCUUUUAGAUUGUUUCCACCAGCAAUUAGAACGUGUUUUUAGCAGGUGUAGGAGAAUACAAAACAAACCAAGGGAAACAAAAUAACUUUUCUUUGGCCCAGGGUCAUGUUGAACACCAUAUUGAUUUAAACAAUCAAACAAGAUCUACCAAAUGAGCUCUUUAAAACUGCUAAAACCUCUUGUAUUGUUUCUUACACGAUUAUCCGUCAUGCUAGGUACCAUGUUACCAGUGUUAUUUUAGUAUUAUUUAUAUACUAUCUUUGUAUUUAUGAAUAUUUUGAAAACUAUUUUAAUAAAUUUGUAUUCAUUUUGCUAUGUGUGUCAUUUUUAUUAUUUUUUUUCCUCUAAUAUUUCUAUUUAGCGUUAUA